AUGCUCCUCUCUAACAUCACACACUCUGCGGCAGGAGGAGUCCCUCUCUCGGUGGACUUCGACAGUCCAGAGGACUAUUUCAUCUUUAUAUUCCAGGUUUUAUUCGCCACAACUACUGUUCUCGUAGCCGGGACAGUAGUCAUCGGCAUCUUAUCUACCAGAGCGCUCCGCAUCCAAAACAGGUUUAUCUUCAUGCUGAACACGAGUAUCUGUGACACGCUGGUUGGGUUUUCAGUGUAUUAUCUCGGUCUGUUUGAUGUCCAGGAGGGAUAUCCGUCCAGAAACGGGACUUUUAAUGUUUUAUCGUCGCUUCUAGGAGUCAACAUACUUACAUUUUUGUUCGCACAAUUCGACCGGUAUUUUGCCGUGUGCCACCCAUUCCUCUACAGCCGCUUCAUAACAAGACAGUUCGUGAUAUGCAUCAACAUCUGCUGCUGGGUUUACAAUGUCGUUCACUUGCUGGCCAGGAAUGUGUUACCGGUUUCCAAAUCGAUACAACUCUACGUUUUCAGCAUCGUCUUUUUUCAACUUAUCGUGUUCACCAAAGUGGUCAUGACCAUUAAACUGUAUGUUAUUGCCAGAUUCCAGGUGGAAAAAGACCCUCCCGGCGCCGAGAAAGAAAGCAAAAAGGAAUCACUGAAAAUAAUUAUUUUUGUUGUCAUAAGCUUCUUGGUGCUGUGGUGCCCUUCUUUUGUUAAUAUUAUGAUCAGAUUUGUGGUAGGCGGAGGGCUGUCAUUUAGAAACGAGGCCACCAAUCUUUUCGCCAUCAUGGCUCGUCUAAACGCUUUGUGCACGCCGUCCGUGUAUAUCUGGGGGAGUCCGGCUCUGAGGGAGGCCACGAUGAGGACAGUGUGGGGCAGACUGUGCCCAAGAUGCAAGAGGAGGUAA